ACUCCCUUGCGGCAGUCGCCAGUUUCCUAUCACAUUGCAACGUUCAGAAUUAGGACAUCGAGAGCGUCUGCAGUUGCUGGUAGCAACCAAUCUAGCCAAGUCUAAGGAAUCGAAAUUCAAAAGGUAUGUGUGUUUUCGUUCCUGCAGCUGACUUCGCACCGUGAGGCCCACCUACGUAAGUUUAUCCUACUAUAAUCAGAACAGACAUCAAUACUAUCUGACGCUCCAAGUCAACACCAUAUCAUCUGCAGGAGUCACUGAUGAGCGUUUUGACAAAUUAUUCGACAUGUCAUGCGACGUCGCAGUUCCUCUUUAUCAGCUGCGGCACACUGAUAUUAAUAUAGGAUACACAGCUGAAGGGCAUCUAAUAUGGUUGCCUGCACCGUCUUCAUAGGCUGUCCCCUAUGUUAUAAGAUGUGAAUAUCCAUCAUUCAGAUCUAAAGUCUUUGAACUUUCUACACAUGAAUUCUACUCGUUCUCCCGUGCUAGUCGUAGGCGCUGGGCCAGCAGGUCUGGUAGCAGCGUUAACGCUUCUACAGAACGACAUACCAGUUCGCAUCAUUGACAAAGAUCCCAACCCUCGAAUCGGACAGCGUGGUCCCGGAAUUUGGCCACGCUCCUUCGAACUCUUUAACUUCCUGAAUGUCCUUGAAGUCAACGAGCUGGCAAAACCCUUCCCUAUAAUCCGUUCCUACGAGCAUGGGACGUUGGAAUCUCCGAAGGAAUCUUCGAUGAGUCCGCGUGUGGAACCUACCCCUGCGAUACCAUUCCACAUUCCAAAGCUGAUGGGUCAACAACUCUUAGAUGUGAUUCUGCGACGCCACCUAGAGAAAUUCUCGUGCACUGUCGAGAUGGGCACCGAGUUGCGUUCGUUCGAGCAGUCCGACAAAGGUGUUACGGCUGUGUUAGCAAAGAACGGCAUAUUGGAAACUUUCGAUGCUAAGUGGUUGAUCGGCGCUGAUGGUGCUAAAGGUAUCGUGCGCAAACAGCUCGGGCUCACAUUCUUGGGCGAGACAAGAGACGAUGUCCAGCUGAUCAUGGGAGAUAUUCGUCUACAUAGCGUUGGUCUUGACAGAGCGUAUUGGCACCGAUUUGGAAAUUUUAAUCGAGGGUAUGUCCACACCUCAUUACGUCCAACAGACGAAAUUGGCGAGGAUGGCUGGCAAUUUGUCGUGAUCAACAAUGAUCUAGACAUGACAAAGAUUGCUCAGAGCGAGGAGCUGAUCUUCAAGAUUAUCGCAUCAGCGAUACCAACUGAGGUCACGUUCAAAAAGCUUGUCUGGGUGAGCGAUUUCAGGGCCAACAUCCGCAUGGUUAACAAGUUCAGCAAGGGUCGAGUUUUUGUCGCGGGUGAUGCUGCUCAUGUCCACAGUCCAACCGGUGGUCAGGGACUCAAUUCAAGUAUACAAGAUGCUUUCAAUCUAGCUUGGAAGCUUGCGCUCGUCGAAAAAGGACUCGCCGACAAGUCUCUCCUUGAGACGUAUAAUGCAGAGCGCCUGCCCGUUAUCUCCGAAAUGCUUGAGAUGACCACCACGAUUCUCAACCAGACAUUGAAGACAGGCAGCGUGAUUGCCGCACGAAGCCCAAUCCUUUUCAUGCUUGGUAUCAAUUACCGAUUCAGCGACAUCGUUCUCGACGAGUUUGCAAUUCCAGGCAAGCCUAUCAAUGCGUACGGGGCGCUUGACCAAGGGAACCUGGAAGCUGGGGACAGGGCACCUGAUGCGCCAAAUAUGCUCCAGGUGGGAGGUGGAGAAUCCGAUGUAAAAACGCUUUUUAGUCUCUACAGACCUUGGUAUCACACUGUGCUUGUGUUCGCGCCGAGUCAUGCAGAUGCUACCCUGACCUUGGGUGCGCUGGAGGCAUACGACACAGGCAUUGUGCGAUCAGCAGUCGUUCUGCCUUCAUCAACAACAGGUGCUACUGUUGUGUCCCUUGCUGACCUCACUCUUGUUGAUCAGGAGGGCCAUGCUUAUUCGGCUUACCUUGUGGAAGCUGGCCAGACGAAGGUGUUUGUGAUACGGCCGGAUGGUGUGAUUGGGGCGAUCGUACAUGGUGCAGAAGGCGUGAAGAAGUACUUUUCAAAAAUAUUUUUGGAUGCGUAGUAGCCUGCAUUUUCGUUCUUUAUCAAGUACCUGUAAGCUCAUUCCUGCGCACCUCAUUCAAAUUGUAGCACCUUUGUAAUCGAAAAUGAAAGCAACACAACAAAUAUCGAACGUUGAACUACACGUGGUGCAACGGAAAUCGGGUGCCACCCCGCAUACGAGGACGUAGAACUUUUAUCCAUCAUUUCGUCCUCGUGUAUCAAUUAUUGGUGAUGAUAG